GCGGCAGCGGCAGCGCUUUGGAAGGAGCAGGUGGGAAGAUACCGGAAGAGGCGGGCGUUACAGCAAAAAAAGCAAUGAACAUAAAACCCGAUACGAACCGACACGUACUGACGAUACAGGCGAAGAAGAAACGUCAUAAGACGGCGAAAAAGAAGGCGAAACAGCAGGCGACGGCAGCAGUGGCGGCGGCGGCGGCGGCGCAAGCAGCGGCGCAGAACAGCAAUAGUUACAGGAGCGGCCAGAAUCAGCAGUCGUCCGCAACGGCGGCAUCCAUUGGCGGUGGUGCCUUCGUGGGCGGUGGGUCAGAAUUCCACGAGGACGACGACGACCAUGACGAUAUGAUCCUGGGCACGACGUCGUCGGGCGCGGUGUUGGUCGGUGGUGCGGCAGCGAUGAACGACAGUCAGCAUUCGGUGUCGGGAGCCGUACCGGCGGACACGGUACGGCGUGGUUCGAAGUCAGCUGUGCACAACCAGGUGGCAGGGCUGGACGGGACCACGAGCUCAUCGAACGAAACCAUCGAGCAGGAGGACCGUGAUCUGGAUCGGGAUGCGGAUGGUUACACGAGCGAGGAGGAGGAACAGGAGUGCCGUGCCGAUUACUGCCGGGGUGGCUAUCAUCCGGUGAAGUUGGGUGACCUAUUUCUGCAGCGGUACCACGUGAUCCGGAAGCUUGGCUGGGGUCACUUUUCGACCGUGUGGCUCAGCUGGGACCUUGAGGAGAAACGGUACGUAGCGCUGAAGAUAGUCAAGUCGGCGCAACACUUUAGCGAAACGGCCAAGGACGAAAUACACAUUCUCAAGACGAUACUGGACGCCGAUCCGACCGACCAGAAGCGUAACAAGGUGGUGCAGCUGCUGAACGACUUCCGGAUAACGGGCGUGAACGGUACGCACAUAUGCAUGGUGUUCGAGGUGCUCGGGCACAAUCUGCUGAAGCUCAUUUUGAAAUCGAAUUACCGUGGCAUCCCGCUAGCAAACGUGAAGUCAAUCAUCCGGCAGGUGCUCGAAGGGCUGGACUAUCUGCACACGAAAUGCAAGAUCAUCCAUACGGACAUCAAGCCGGAAAAUGUGCUCGUGUGUGUAAACGAAAGUUACGUGCGUAAGUUGGCCUGCGAAGCGACAGAGAUGCAUGCAAUGGGCUGCAAAUUGCCGAUUUCGCUGAUCUCCGCUGCGCCACCCCAGUUCCAGGAGCAACCCUUGAAUCAGAAUAUGAGCAAGGCGAAGAAGAAAAAGAUGAAGCGAAAGGCCAAGAUGCAGUCCGAGCUGAUACGGCAGCAAAUGGAGCACAUUCAGCAGCUAGAAUUUGGCACUAGUACUGGGGGACUGUUGGAAAAUGGAACCGAUGGAGCGACAACGGAUGUUGGCAAGAUGGUGGCGGCGGGAUCAAUCGGUGGUGGAAAUAGUGACGAAGUUGGUGCUGGUGCGGGAUUGAAGGGUGGUCGUACAAUGGCUCUUAACAAUACGGUCCCUGCAACUGUCACGGGCAGCACUAACACGACUGCCUCUAAUACUACGGCCCUUAGUUCUCCGCUAGAAAGGAAAGAGGCGACCGAAACGAGACGGUUGUUAGUUAACGGUACGGCAACUAGUGGGGCCAGUAAGGAGAGUGGUGGUGACGCAGGUACACCCUCGUCCGGGGAUGAAGAUCGGCCAACCCUGACGCCAUGCGUAUCGACACUUUCCAGUCCAUCGAGUAGCGAGGGAACGACGUCUUCGAACAACAACGACGACGUCUCCAGUGACCGGAAAUUGUCGCCCACCCGAACCUUGCUGGAGAAAGAUGUGGACGGCGAUAGGGAUCCGAAAUCGCCGGACAAACCAUGCUCCUCGUCAGUGCAUUCGGGUACUUCCGCCUCGAAGCUUGAUAUCAGUGAAUCGGUGCGCAAAAUACUGUCCUCGGUGCAGGAGAGUAAAGAUCCGGCAUUCGAAGUGUGUGACAUUGACGUGAAGAUUGCCGAUCUCGGUAACGCGUGCUGGGUCGAUAAGCAUUUCACCGAUGACAUCCAGACGCGUCAGUACCGUUCGUUGGAGGUCAUCAUCGGUGCCGGGUUUGAUACGUCGGCCGACAUCUGGAGUACUGCCUGCAUGGCAUUCGAGCUUGCGACCGGUGACUUUCUGUUCGAACCGUUCUCGGGCAAAGAUUACUGCCGGGACGAUGAUCACAUCGCGCAUAUUAUCGAACUGCUAGGACCAAUCCCGAAACGUAUCGCACUGUCGGGCAAGAAUUCGAACCACGUGUUCAACUCGAAGGGAAUGCUGAAAAACAUUACCGGCCUUAAACCGUGGGGCCUGGUGGAUGUGCUGAUCGAGAAGUACGAGUGGCCGGAGGAGGAUGCGCUGGAGUUCAGCGAUUUUCUCAAACCGAUGCUGGACUACGAUCCGCGAACGCGUGCCACAGCUGCCGACUGUCUUCGUCAUUCGUGGUUGAAUCACUGAGAUGGUGAUUAGCCCCCCAAAAC